GGGUCGAUGCUUCACUGUCACCUGGACGUGAAAUGAACACCUGUUGCCUGCGGGUUUAAAAAAAAGAGACUUGCUCACAUUUCAGGUCGUUUGCAACGCCACAAAAGAUCAAGGCCCGCUUUUAGUUUGCCAGACAGUGACACAGCCACAGGUUGGACUGAGAGGAACAUGCCAAGGAUGUGUUUUUAAAGGGAAAUAUCACCGCAGCACGCCACUAACCGAGCUACAGAUUGAACAUGCUGCAGGUUGUAUGAGUGACAGAUAUGGGGUCAGCGGGAUCAUAUUUGCAGACUUUCACUGUGCUGGCACUUUUUUGCCUGUUUUUGACCGCUGAAGGUGCGAGGCCGGAGGUACGUGGAAAGGUCGGAGGCGUGGUGGAGUUGGAGUGUAGUUUUCCUCUGUCAGAGCCACCUGCUGCGUCCUCGGCAUCCCUGCGUGUGGUGGAGUGGGUUCGACAGGGACUCGACAUCCCCGUCCUGAUCAAAUUUGGAUCCUACGCACCUCGCCUCCAUCCACAAUAUGAAGGGCGGGUGUCUCUGGUACGAGUCACUGACCUGAGGCUGGAGGACCUGCAGCUGGGUGACCAGGGCUUGUAUGAGUGUCGAAUCCUUUUACUGGAUGAGCCCACGGAUGAGCUGCAAAAUGGCACCUGGACUGUGCUGUCUGUAACCGCCCCUCCCAUGUUCACCGAAGCCCCGCCCCCUGUGAUUGAGGCUCUCGUUGGAAGUUACAUCUCUCUUGCCUGUGCUGCCAAUGGCAAUCCCACUCCGACCAUCACCUGGUUAAAAGAUGGCAGCGUGAUUCCAAGAAGAAAUUAUCAGGAAGGAGCCUUAUCUCUGCGAGCAGCGAGCAUGCAGUCAGCAGGACAGUACACCUGCCACGCCUCCAACUCUGAGGGAAACGUGACUCGCGUGACGAGAGUGAAGAUCAAAGGUCCGCCUGUCAUCAUCAUCCCUCCCAAAAGCACCUCUCUCAACAAGUCCCAGAAUGCACUCCUCCAGUGUCAGGCGGUGGCCGACCCCCCGAACAUGACCUAUGUGUGGCAGAAAGAUGGCGAGAACGUCCAUCACAUCGAGUCUCUGAAGUCGCGAGUGAAGAUCAUGGUUGAUGGAACUCUGCUCGUCUCCAGUCUCAUCCCUGAGGAUUCUGGGAACUACACCUGCAUGCCCACCAAUGGCCUGCUGACCCCGCCCACAGCCUCCGCCAACCUCACAGUGAUGCACCCAGCCCUGGCUCUUCCAAUGCCCCCAGAAACGUACCUUCCCACAGGUAUGGAGGGCGUGGUCACCUGCCCUGCGGCUGCUCAGCCUCCGCUGCUCCGUGUGGACUGGACAAAAGAUGGAGAACCACUCGACCUGUCCUUGUAUCCAGGUUGGACCUUGACACCAGUGGGCUCGUUGUUCAUGACCACAGUCAAUGAUGAUACAGCAGGCGUUUACACGUGUACGCCAUACAACAGCUACGGCAGCAUGGGUUCAUCUGAGGCAACGAAUGUAAUUCUACAGGACCCCCCAUCAUUCAGCGUCACUCCAGAGGAGCAGUACAAACAGGAAGCCGGUAGAACACUGCUCAUCCCUUGUCAAGGAAACAAGGACCCUACAAUUAAAGUGACCUGGAGCAAGGUUGACUUGGUUCGUCGCACAUCUUACACCAUAGAACGCAACGGUUCUCUGCUACUGCAGCCUCUCACUAAGGACCACCAGGGGGCGUGGGAGUGCACCAUUACUAAUCGCGUAGCCUCAGUGAAAGCCAGCACACAAGUCUUUGUCCUGGGAACCAGUCCCCAUGCGGCUACCGCGCUGUCCGUCUCUCCAGGGGUGAAGCAGGCCAACAUUUCCUGGGAGGCAGGCUUUGAUGGAGGAUCAGCACAGACAUUUUCAGUUUGGGUGAAGAAGAUUUCAGCGAGUGAUAAUGAUGGGAAGCAGGACUGGUUCUCUGUGCCUGUGCCCCCCUCCUCUGGCAGCAGGAUGCAGGUGACAGGCCUGUCUGCUGCCACUGACUACCAGUUUAGCAUCCUGUCUCACAAUAAAGUGGGCACAGGACCCUUCAGCGAGAUUGCAACCACUCGGACAUUGGAUCCUCCACUGAGGAGAAGUAAACCCAAGCCCCCUGCCUUGCUGUCCGCUCAUCAGGGCUCAGCAGGUGUGGUACUGCGAUGGUCCCUUCCUGAAGCCCAGCACCCUCCCAUCACAGGCUUUGUUCUCCAAUCCCGCUCCGAGCAAGGGGAGUGGUUUCAUUUGGACGAGGACAUCAGUGCCAACAGUAGCGAGAUAGUCGUUCCGGGUCUGCACAAGGACUGUGUGUACGAGCUGCGGCUGCUAUCUCGUCGCGGGGAGUUGCUGAGCGAGCCCAGUCCAUCAGUCAAUGUCUCCACCAUGGGGAUGGAGAUCUACCCGGCCACAUCCCGACUCCUGGAGUACGUCCCGGAGCCAUUACUGGCCGGCGUGCUGGGCGGGGUUGGCUUCAUGUGCUUGGCACUGGUCUUGCUGCUGGGGUCCGCCUGUAUCAUCAACCACAAGAGGGACCGGCGUCGCAGACAGAAGAAGGAUGAUUCCCCCUCUGCCAUCUAUAAAUGCUCCCCAUCAAUAAAGACUUCAGGCACUGGCAGUCCAGACAGUGUGUUGAAGAGAAGCCUACUUCCAGCCAGCAUCCUCUAUCCCACCACUUCCUCUACCACCACCUCCUCCUCAUCGCAGACAGACUGUUCCUCCUUUAGUGCUGAGAAUCAUCAUCGGCGGAAGCAGCUCCUCUCCAAUUACAGCAGAGGCCGCCUCACUAGGACAACUUCUUCUCCCAUUUCUCCUCCAAUUGAGUUGAUCUCUAGAGGCCCAGAUGGGCGCUUUGCACUCCCACCAUAUGACAGUGACUCGCUGAGUGUUCACAGCAAGAAAAGCGGAAGGUAUGACCAAGCUAGAGUGCGGAGGUCUGUGUCGCUGCACUCGGAGAGGGGAGACAGAACGCAGCCGCCGUUCGUGCUCUCUGUCGAUCUCCCACCUUGCAAACCAGUAGAGGCUAAUUCCACAAACCAAAUUUGUGACCUGCCCCAUCUCCGCCCUUAUAUCUUGGAUCAGAAGUCAAGCUACGAUGGCUUUCCUGACUUCAGCAGCCUGUGCUCGAACACUAGUUUGGCCACCACUCCUCAUCAAGACAGAGGAAUAACUCCCACAUUUCCAGUGCUCCCACAUAUCCGAUCCAGCCUUGGUCAGCCAUCUACAACCGCCAGCACCCUGGUGCUCCAAAUGGAGCAUGAGCGGGAGGCGGGAAACCUAAGUCACUGUCUGAGGCUGGCUCAGGAGAGGGAGGAGCUGGAGAGGGAGCUCCGGAGGUACACGCUGGAAAGAGGCUCCAUGAGAGAAAUAAAACAUGGGCAUUCAGACUUAGUGAAGAGAGACGCUGGUGCUAAUGAGCUUAUGUGGGAAUAUAAGAGCAGCACCUUACCCCAUAGAUACCCCCAGGGCGGCAAUGAGGGCUUUGGUCUUCCACAGACACAGUUCCCUUCAUCCUCUGAGCACUGGGAUGCCCGUCCUCUUGUCUCUCCUCUCACUCUGAUCUCAGCCCCGACCCUUACUAGAGCAUCUUCACACACAAGUCCUUCUUAUCUUAACUUCGGCAACCAUCAUCCUGCUCCAUCCCUCACCAAACAGACCCCCCUCCUAUCUGAGGAGGCAGGCAGUUUUUCCAAAGGCAGAUUAACUCUCCCACAUCUCUCCUCAAAGCACCAGAGACAUGAAAGGGUAGAGGCAGCACCAGAGGGCUAUGAUAAUUCACCACAAUCCACAGUCUUAGAAAUGCAAACGAAUGAUUCAUGCUCUGAGGCACGGAGACAGAACAAUCUUAGUCAUGGCGGCCUGACAACGUUGUCUUUCCAUAGCAGUAAAUAUACUGAAAGAUCUAAUUCGGCUCUCGACUCGGUGCCAGACUCUUCAAAAGCGGAGGUUGCGUUCCCCGAGCCCACUGCUGAAGACGUGUGUGUGGAGAUGAGUGUGGAUGAGCCAGAGUUGGAGGUGUGUGUGAUGCGGCCUACAAAGCCCAUGCUGCACCACAGAAUCGCCUCCCAUGUGCAACGAGGGCACUCGCUGACUCGCAGAGGUCAGCAUGAAGACGUGAGUAGGAGCGCAAGCCUUAACUGCCGCAGUCCUGCCUCUGUGGAUGAUAUUAUAACAGUUCAAGCUUCUCUGCGAAGUCCAGAACCAGAACUCCAGAGAGCUGUGACUCAAAGGUCUAGACUCUGGGACUCUAAGCAGCGAAGUCGGAGUCUUGACUCACGGAGACGCAAAGAGAGCAGCUUCCUGACUCCUGAUGCGUGGAUAGACUCUCUCAGUCAAGAGAACUGCUCUGAUGCGUCCUCAUGUCGCCCAGACACUCUGUUUUGGGAACCCCAGAGCUCUCCCACUAGGAAGAUCUCCAAAUCUCCUGCAAAUUCUCCUUCUGCUACCCAAGCUGCCUCCCGGUCACCUCCUGCUGUGGAUGCUUUAUCUCUGAGGAGCAGAGCAGAGAGGCCUGUACCAAAUGCUGACAUGUCUUGCCACUACGAGCCAACAAGAGAAGCGUCAGUCUUUCCCAGAGCUGCCAAAUGGCCAAUCGACUACAGGGAGGCUGUAAAAGAAGCAGAGGGUGCCUUGGAGGCCAUGAAGGAAGCUUCCAGAUGCGUACCACCCAACGAUAAUUACCAAGAGGCAUUAGAGGUGGAGGCGGGGGGCUACGAGGGAGUGCCAGAGUUUGGGAGCAGCUACAGCAGUUAUGCCAGCAGCGGGCGAGGCAGCAUGGAGCCUGCUAACGGACGCCUGUCGCUGUGUCACCUCUCCCCAACCUUCACCGGCUCACCUGAAACUGUAGAGGAGAGCCAGGGGAGCAGAGAGGACAAGCUCAGUCACAUGAUGGAAGCAAGCCAAAGGAUGCUUUGUGACCUCUCCAGGAGAAAGGCCUCAGUUGAUGAGAAUUAUGAGUGGGAUGCUGCUGAUUUCUGCUCACAGCCUGGAGACCAUGCUGGUCUGCUUCCUCCGUCGAAUCUACUGAAGUCUGCGCCGUGCUGUAGUCUUCCCACAAUGCAGUGCUCCACUAAGGCACAGAAAAAUUGCCCUCAGCUCUCUCUGCUCCUGGGGCAUCAAAGCAGCUGCUCUGCUGAGCCAGAACCAGACACCGUGCUGUUCUGACAGCACCAGCCUUCGGCUCAUCUCACCUGGUGUGUCCUUUCACUUAUUGACUCACAUCACAAGGUGGCAAAAAGUGCAUGUGGCAGAAAGUGAGCCUUUGUCUGAUCGAUCUUAUUCCCUUUUACUGACAAAAAAAAAAACGUCCUUUAAGUACAGAAUCGCUUUUAGGGAGGUAUUCUGCCUGGACUGUUUGUUCAGCUUCACUUGGAAAAUAAUGGUUUUCAACAAUCCAGGUCUCAGUGAAAAUAAUAAAGACACAAAAUCACCUUUACCCUUAUGCAGAGCUUUAAAAGUUUGUUUUGCUUUGUGACCCAUCGCCAUCACGCUCUUGGCAUUUUCUUUUGAGAAAGUCUGCCAAUCUGCCGAUAUCAAAGCUUUUCACUGUGCUGAUGGAUUCACCACGUUCUCUGUGUGUGGUUUGAUAUGCAUUCAUCAUCCAGGGAUGACUCAGUGGCUACACAAGGGACAAAACGAUCUCAGUCAUCAUCAAGUGACUGGUUUAGGCUGGGGAUGAUUAAGUUUUUAGAUAUCAUCCAUCACCUUUGAGUUUAAUAAGAGGUGUUUAUGAAAUGCCAAUAAGUAAGGAAGAUAAAUAGAAUUUGAAAUGCUUUUCUGCUGCACUGUUACUGUUCUGCUUUAGUGUAACACUGUUUCUAAAAGUUUAAUUUCCCAACAGAGAUCAUUAUCAGCUUUUAUACCCGUAAAAUACUGUGAAUUUUUGGAAUCUAAAAACCUACGCAGUGUGGAUAAAAGCCUUACUUUCCUCUCCAGGCCGUCUCCUUGUUCAGCAAAGCAAGACCUCUAAUUAAGCUUGAUAAUUGAAGAGGGUCAAGACAACUUGUAGGGUUUGUCCUUGUUUAUUUUUUUACAGACAUAAAGGCAGUUCAGCUUUUACUUUUUUUUUUCCCUUUUGACUUUAAUUUAGCAAGGAUCAAUUCACUGAGUGAUGACUGUUUUUUCCUCACAGCAGCACCUGCUUUUUACUCACUCAGUUGUUCACAUUGACACUUGGGAGCUGACAGAGGCACUGAUAAGUGGCACCAGUUGAGUGGUUAAAUGCUUUGUUUGAGGGCGCAUCAACAGCAGGUACUGAGCACAUCCUCGCAGCGCUGAGCAACAAUUCAGCAUUAUUGCUUAUCGACUUACAAAGGAAUUUUGUAGUGAUGCUGUCAGUGCACAAAAUGCUGUUGUCCAAAUUAAGAGUUACAAUCAAAUCAAAAAUUAACAAAACAAUCUUUUGUUAUUUGAGUGGUCAGUCACAUGAGUAUUUCAUAACAACAAAGUUUUAUUCAUUCAUUCAUUCAUUUUCUAUAAUCGGCAUCACGAGACCAUUUCACAAAUGUUUCUGGAACUUUUCUGUUCACUUUUCGACGUCAAAAGGGCGUUGUCACCCGCUGCAGAUGGAAAUGCCUCUGGGCGCAAUUCAAUAGACCUACAACCAAUCAAAGCAACAAAACAUGACAUAGUGCUGAGCGUCAGACAAAUGCAAACAGACUACAGCAUGCAGGGGUGAUCGGUAACGUAGCAAAGAACUUGUAUGUGUGAACGUGCUCACCUGGUGGAGCGGGCAUCCCAUGUGCAGGGGCUGUGUCCUUGCAGUAGUGGCUGCGGGUUCAGUUCUGGCCCGAGGCCCUUUGCUGCAUGUCAUCCCCCUCUCUCUUCCCCCUUCACACCAUAGCUGUCCCAUCAAGUAAAGGCCAAAGCCCAAAGAAAUAUCUUUAAAAAAAAGAAUAUGAAAUUAGAACUUCAACCGAAUGCUCCACAGCAGCUGCAGCCAUCUUGGUUGUUUUCAAAAUGCCUCAAGGGCAUUCCUGUUAACUAGGCUAGGUUUGUGCUUGCCAUCAGUCUCCACAAGGGUAUGCAUGCCAAAUAUGACGCCAUCACAUAUUUUAUGUAAUGCACCAAGGCUCUGCAAAUUGUCAGCCAUUGUAUCUCACCCACCCCAUAUUAGAUAGAUAGUUGUGAUUGGCCUGGCAUAGUCUCGCCACCAGACAAUCUCCGCCUUCUGACAGUCUGGGGACACUCCUUUCUAAGGUGUGUUUAACACACCGGCGAAAACGGCCGGCAACAAAGCAACGGCUCUUGCAUUUUUUAAAAGGACACACCCUCCCGGAAAUGUGCGCUCCCCCUUUUCUCGUCUGCAAGGAAACAAACACACAGAGAGCUUGAAAAUGGAUGCUGAGACAUUUAACUCCGUUUUAUCAAACAUGUGCUCAGUCCACAAGAUUGUGGAAAUGAAGGACUUACACCACGACUUGAGCCAUUUUGUACCGCUGCCCGUGUUUCUAGUCGGACUAUGUUUACGAGCACAAGAGCUCAGCGAGCCACCGAAGGACCGCCCUGCGGACUUACUAUUGGUUCUGCAACGUAGGGAGUUUUUUUAAACUCUGAAAUUGUAUCCGCCCAUCUAAACACAAAAUCAGGGAGAAAGUCAUCAGUCUUUAGUUAAGCAAAGAGUCUAAAGACUGACUUGUGAGUCUAGGCCUGGCUCGUCUCAAACCGGUGGAAAUCUGCCUUAACCAGAGGGGGGGCAAAAGCAAAUAAACCAUGAGCUUGCACGUUUGUUGGCUUCCCUGGCUAGAUUAAUAUCGAAGUGCCUGAAUACAGUUUUGCCAACUAUUUUCAAUGUAAACUAGCAAAAGAGUGCUUGAAAAGUCCCUAGACAUUGGUAGAUGGUGGUCAUGUACUAAUUUGCAUAUUCGCGACCUCAUUAUGUAAGUUUUUAAAUAUUUACGCGAUGUAAAAAGAAGAAGUAAAAUAAGAAGUCAAGCUCAACUUAACUCACUCUAACUAGCCUUAUCAUUGGCUAAUAGUUUUCAAGUUGCUAUCAUCUCAUCAUCAUUAGGGCUGCAAUGAUUAGUCAACUAAUCGAUGACUAAUCAACUAUUAAAAUAAUCGGUGACUAUUUUAGUAGUCGACAUAUCGGUUUGAGUCAUUUUUCAUAGAAAUGUACUACAAAAGUGUCCCAAAAUACUCUUAUUGCAGCUUCUUAUGUUCAAAUAUUGGCAGCUUUACACACUCUUCCAUGACGGUGAACUAAAACCCUUUGGCGUGAGAGAGACAAAGGGGCAACUAGGGGCUGAGAGAAUUGAUGCGCUGCGUACAGCUCUACAAUGAAAUAAGAUUUUUCUUGUUUUAUAUACUGUAAAACUUCAAUUAAUAGCCCGAGGUCGUUAUUAUUUGCUUACAUCGCUAUAAUCAACAGCUUAAUAAAAUAAAAUAUUGCUCAGCAAGGAUUGUGAAAUACAAUCAAGUUGUUUAUUUAAACGAGUAUGAAUAUUACUUGUUCAAAAAUUAGGCUUCAGAUAGUAUAUCAAUUAUGAAUCAUUCAUUUGAUCUAGCUCCAACAGACAGCGCAUCAGACAGCUAGUGAGUUACAACACUUGAGGAUUACAGCAUCUAACAUACUGACACAACACCACUUUAUCCUGUUAAAACAAUACUCACAACUUGGAUUAAUCUUUUGAUCUGAGGACCCUUAUGGACUAAAGGAACGUUAAUAAAUUCCAGGAUAAUCGAGGAAUGAACAUUGGACACAACCUGGUUUUAUACAUCUGAAGAGCUUAUAUUAAAAAACUGAACUGUUUGGCAACCAGACCAGGCAUCUGAUUGAGACAGGUGUUUAAUGGUCAAAAUGUGUAGCGACACAUGGCUAGUAGAAGGGACUGGGUGUUUAAUUGGGACUAGACUUUUAAUUGAAGUUAAAAAAGUGGCAACAUGUAGCGGCCGUUGUUGAUAUUGUGGCAGGCGGUCACAAAUAAAUCGAUGUAUGAGACAAAAUCACCUGUCGCUGUCGACAAAAGAGUCAUCGACAGAAGAUGACUCAUGGACUUUCACGGGGCAGCUCUGGUAUGUAGGUUGUUGUGUAGACUGUGGAAUCAGACACUAGAAUAAAGUCACUAAUGUGCAUGCUGAAGGCUGACAGAACACGAAACCUAAACAGUCAAGUUAAAACAUAUUAGAUAAAAGGAGAAGGUGUGCAGAUCAGUGAUUGGUUGUUUGGUACACACAUUCACAUCUCAUUCACGUGUCUGUCUGGCAGAUGAUUGGUUGACUGAACGUGCUGCUGCUCUCCCCUGCUCGCUGAACACAGUCUGUCCACAUGAGAGAACAUUCACUGAGAAAUAUUGACUCUCUUUGUGGGAAGGGAGCACAAAUUAAUUUUGCAUAGCCACUUACUGGUGCGACUGGGCACUCGCAUGUGCAAAGAGUUUCAUCUGUUUUAAGUCCAAACAGUGGAGCACAGUCCAUUACAUCCAACGUCAGAUCUUUUAUGUGGCAUAUCCUGAAAAUUGGACACCACUGAUCUCGCUCAGCCUCGCUUACCAUUGUAAAUUAAGAUUGUUCCUGUUAGCUCUGGGGGCUCAAACCAGCGACGUUCCUGGCACUAACCUGCCACCUCUGAUCCUAACCCUGCUGAGAGCAACAUGCUUAUGCCACACGCUCUCUUUUCUUCAUGAACAAUGGAGGGAAAUUGGGUUUCGCUUGCUGCACUAGCUCUAGGCCUUCACAUUAGUCAACCAAAUAAUUAACUCAGAGCUCCACAGUGUACCAGAACAUGGUGGUGUAUCCAUCCUAUAAUUGAAAUUCACUCAUAGAGGCUACAUUUACUGCAAAUCAAUGUUUCACUUCUGUAGAACAUUUCCUUUUCCUGGUGUACACAUAAUGUACCUCAAACCCUCCGUGCUGCUCUGGGGAUUUGUAGUCAGCACUACUUUUUUUGCCUACGUUUUUGAAAUUGAAUCUAAAUAUUGUGUUUCCAGUGCAGCAAACAAGGAAAAGUAUGUUAAAAUAUUUUUAAAUAUACUGGAUUAAAGAGCUUUAAAGACAUGAUUCUGCCAUUCAGUGCUAAAAUCUGAGGGAACGGCUAUAAACGUUCCAGCUGGAAAUGUACCUAUUAUUUGGAUAAACCGUUCUUUAUAAUACAACAUCACAAAGGAAACCUGUCCACAAAGAGUCGUGGACAACAGCGAGGGCUCAUAAACCUGAUUGUUAUAUUGCUACCUUUUUCAGUUAUUGUGUGUACUUAGGAGGAUUAGCUUUAAAGCAAGCAGUCUUUUAUUAUGGCCAUUAAGCAGCGAAUGAAUUAUUUGCAAAUGCCAGGAAGUGACUCUCGAAGCUAGAAACCAAUCAAGGUCUUAUGAAAAGAAAUGUCAUACACAAAUUGAAAAGUGUAACCAUACGCUGCUCGUGUUAGCUUGGUAAGGUCUAAAACAACAAUUAGUGAGUAACGCGAGUCUUCAUGCAAGUGAAUGUCAGCAAAAUGUUAAAGUUUCCCAGACUGGCUUAUCUGUAUUUAAAUCAGUCGGUGGUGAUAGCACACUAGACGGCAAGUUUUUGUUUCUAGAAAAAAAUGACACACUUACAAUGUCUUUUUUUUUUAAAUCUACCACUUCUACCAAUUUUCACUGGAAAAAUACCCAGAUUUAUUUUGACUGCAGCAGACCAGUUUGAACUGAUUCUACCCUCCCAGAACAAUCAGAAGUUGUCUUUUCCGUUGCAAGACAAGGGUGUUAGCUGGAGUGAAAUGCAAAUAAGCUGCUGAGUGUGAGUCCUUUUAUGUGAUUAAAAAAACUCCAACUGUUAAAGAUCAGAAAGUUUGAGCUGCAAAUGGUAUUGUAAUAUUCCAAGUCUCACCUGCUUUUUUUUGUAUUAUUACUUUUUUAAAUUGGAUUUGCACACAUUAAAAAAAUAAUACAUUGAUAAUCUCAGAUGUUUUCAAAGCCUCUGAAAACUUAAAAUCUGUUGUAUUUCCCAAUACCUUGAAAUAUUCAUGACUAAAAAAGAAACCUCUAAGACUGACCUUGACUAAAACAACCCAUCGAGUGUCAUCAGAUUCUGUUUCAAAUGCUACUUAAUCCUGAUUUGUGUGCAGAAGUAGUUUUCCAUCCCAGCCAAGACCAUUUCAAACCAGUGAGGAAAGCACACAGGGGAUAGAAAGGAAAACAGAGUUCUCUCAUGUGAAAUAACCAAAACUUUUGUAACUUGGACAGCAAAUGGUGUGUUCGUGUGAGGUCCCAUUGCUCCCAGUAGGAAGCUGUUAAACGUUCACACACUCAUGUUGGUAUACAAUGUUAAUACAAGUGAUUAUCCAGCAGAUUAUGCAUGAAGACAGCUUUUUCCAUGACAAAGUAGAGCUCCUUUCCCACUGGACAGAAAACCCACAACAGCCACUAACAUCUGGCUUUUGUAUUGAAUGGGAAGGGUUACAAUUGGCAUUCACACCCGGCUCAAAUGACUCCGCACUUGUCACUUGUAGUUAUCGACUCCAUCUUUGAUCAGCAGUGAUGGAAAUAUAACACAUACUGAUUUUAGCUGGUAAGAUUUAAAGGCGGGCUUCCCCAAAAUACCAUCUACCAUCAUAAGCCCAAGCAGUGCUCAAACAUUGAUCCAAAUUUAGUCAGCAACAACCCGUCUCACUCUUAAGUCGUCAAAAUUCAGUGCUUUGGCAGUGACUUGUGGCGUUAGACACAGAUGAAAAAGCCAGACUUUGACGUUGGCAUGAUUCGUGGCUGGUUGCCGUUAUAGUUUGACAGUGCCUGGUGGCGUCAGGGGGAAACGUGACGGGACAAGAAUGAAAGUUUUGGCAGCGCAAGUCCGACUGGGCUGAGCAGGAUGGGUCCAACAAAUACCAGCUUUCACCAGGGAGAGCGUUGUUCGCAUCCCGUAAGAUUCUAAAGCCAAACCCUGUUCUUUUUUCCUAAACCCAACCAUGUGCGUAUGUUGCUGAAGGAAAAAAUCAUCAGUUUUCGGUGUUGUAUUUUGAAAGAGACUGUAUGUAAAUGGUAAAUUUCCAGUGAAAACAGAAGUAUAUUUUGAAAGAAAACAAUGCAUGGCAGGCAGAACUUGACACGGUGUCCCAGAACAUCAACAACCAACACACAGGGUACCUUGCACGUCGUGUCUGGAUGCUGAAAGUCUAUGACCAAACGUCGAUAUGUGACGAGGUUGGAGUGAGAAUGUGUUGUCAGCAAUGAGUUUGAGAGAGAGAGACUUACAACGAAGAAGUAACCACGAAUCCUUUUCACAGGCCUCCAUGCUGCUUGACUAUUGACUGACCUGUUUUCCAGCCUGUUUGGGACAUUGGGCAUGAAACACCAGUAAAAAAAGAAAACAAAAAGACACACACAGCUCUAGUGUACUGGCAACAGGGAAAGGAUUCUAGGCUAAUUUUGGUGGAAUCUGAAGUCUAUGGUAUAUGAUGACUUUCUCAAAUUCCAGCAGUUUCCCUUUGUAUUAAAAUAAUGAGGUUAUUGUAUAGUUUUUAGUGAUUAUGUUGCAUUACAUCACGGUAUUCAUGUACAUAGAUGGGAAUUAGGGUUGGGGGAUACGGCCCGUGUGAUGGUGAAGGCAUAACUCACCCAUGUCUGCCUGUCUCUGGUUUGGGUUAUCCUUAUAUUCUUACCCUAACCCUAAUCAGUCUUUCUAAACAUGCCCAGUCCAACCAAGGAAUAGGGCUGGAUGUCAUUUCAAAAGUUACGAUACCAGUACCAACACCAGUUUCCUUAAAGUGAUACCAAUACCAAUAGAAUACUUAAUUCAAUACCCUGGUUUUGUACAUCAUUUAAUUUCCAUCAUGUGAAUGGAAACAUUGAGUUGCGUAAAUGCCAUCAGAUGCCAGAGUUUUGUAGCAUGUCUGCCAUCUCCCUCAAAUACAUCACGCUUGACUUCGCCACAACACAGACUGCUGCUGUGGUGGGCCAAUCACACAUUACAUUAAAUUGAAGACCGCCUGCAGUGAUUGGCUGUGAGCAACACCCUUGUAAAAGUCUUUUUUUUCAUGAUCUGGAUACAAAUAAGAUUGGAUGUUGGUAUCGAUUGACUGGAAAAGUUUUGAUACUAUUUGGUUCUGGGUUAUUCAGUCGAUACUUAAUGGUAUUGACCAUUACCCAGUCCCACCAAUGGACGCAACAAGUACUAGCUAAUCAGAGGGAGAAUAGAGUGUGCCAGGGCUGACGUCAAAAGCCGGAAGUUUAGCAUCACGCUGGUUCCCGGAAGAGAAAGUGAAUGUGAUUUUUGCAUUGCGUUUUGGAUUAUGUCAGAAAAUAAACUCUGUGGCUAACACAAGUUUAUGAUACUUAGAGGUUUUGUUCAACAAGAUAGUCUUCACAUAUGAACACCUUUCAUACCGCAUUUGAAUCUUAAAUGCGAUCACCAGAAGUAAAAAGCUAACGUUAGGCUUUAACGGACUACAUGACUACUCCACGGUCGCAUGACUCUUUACGUCACCGCCACUAAGCUUUCAACUGAUUUCGGCCACUUUAUUUUAAAAACAUUGUAUAAUGGGGAAAUCGGACUGUUUAAACUAAAUAAGAAGCUGUAAUGGCGGACUGCCAGCACUCUCGCCUGUUCAGGGGUGAUGACGCUUAAUGUCCCCGACAGGGUUUGUAGUCGUAUUGAGCAACUUGUUAGCAACUGCCUUUUUUACGACAUGUAAAAGCUUCAAAAUCCACAAGUACGGUAUUUACUGACGUGUUUUAUGUCGUAGAACAAAACCUGAAACUUGCUUAAGCUUUUGUUAACCACAGACCUUAUUUGAGGCAUUUUACCAAAAUCCCAUUCAAAAAACGUAUUGACUUUUAGACGAGAGAACCGGAAGUGCUAAAAGCGCUAACGGAGUUCCGGGUUUACUGGCACACACUAUAGGGUGGGUCGUGCCUUCACCAUCCUGGGGAAGAAACACUGACAUUCAGGGCAGGUUAUGUAGCAAAUCUGGGUUAGAGUCUUGCAUGAUUUUGCAAUUCCCUACGUGAUCUUGCGAUUCUUGGGUGAUCUCGUGAUUAUUUUGUGAUCUUGCGAAUCCAGCUGCCUCACAAGGUAACGUGUUGAGGGCAGGUAUGAAGGAGGAGAGUGAAGCUGUGAAUACAAAAACAUGCAAAAUGGAAAUAACCACCACAUCAUUUCUUAAUUGAGUUUACAGAACAAUCAGCUACUGUAUCAUGAUAUAUAAACUAUUAAAGGGAUAUAAAAUCACAUAUACUGUGGCUCAACCCUAAUAUGGAUGCCCAAAUAUUAAACUUAAAUCAAUACGUCCUUUGACAAACUUUAAUGUCAGCAUCAUAAGAAGUAGUAAUUAAUAAAGUUAUUGUUUCAUUGGAUUUAAUAGAUCUAAAUUAACACCUGCAGACAUUUAGUGAUUGUUAGAGCUUUAAAAAUAGUUAGCAGGUUUUUCUUGGCAACAGCAGCUUCUCUCUCCUCACUCUGCUCCUUUUCCACAACCUAAACCAGAGGCAAUCUGUGAUGGCACACAGAUAUACAGCUUGAUUCUGCUCUUUUGACACUGAGUGGGCAGCUGACUUCAUUGACUGAUAAAAUACUUGUCUUACAUCUGAACCAGCUUCCAAUUAAACUAAUGGUAUUAGUACUGCAGCACCAGACAACCCCCAUCUCAAGAAAAUGAUCGGAGGUAAUGUCAUAGUCAUCUUUUUUAAUCCUCCGCAAUUCCAUUUGUUUAGACUUUUAUAUCACUUUGACAUCAGCGAUUAUGGGGUGGGACAAACACAUAUUUCUUGUUGUCUGUGGCUGUGGGGUAGAGUUUUGCUGAGGGCAAACAAAGAAAGCAGUAAUGAGUGUGUAUGAGAGCAGCCCGGGCGCGGGCACUUCAGCAGCUCAUUUCAAAGGCAAACACUCGUGGCAUUCAAACGACAAAACAGCAGUUCACACUGACAGGUAACAUUUUUUGUUUUUUAGUACGAGUACAUGGUGUGAAUUUAUCAGCCGUGCAGCUUUCUUCUUAGCUCAAUCUGUAGCUGUCAACCCAGCCGUGAUUGGUUGUUUUUGAAGUGAUAUUUUUCCGUGAAGACGUUUAUUUCAUCCUGGGAGUCCUUUUCUUAGCUUUCUAUACAGGAAGUGACACAAUGACAGCUUGAUUAUUACCUUUAUAGAGGGAGGGUGCAUAAGAGCGGAGGUACGAUGCGCUAUAUAGAUUGGGAUCUUUCUUUUGUUCAUUGACCCUUGACAGAAAUAAUUCAAGGGCUGACAGUUUGAUGUGACAAUUAGUUGUUGGUGUAUUUUCUGAAAAACGACUUCCCAUGUAGUUCAUGGAGUUUCAUUAUGAGUUAAGCAUGCUUAAAAGAAACUUUGACUUUCAGAGUUAACUAUAACACCAGUCCUAGUUGAUUUGAUGACACUUGUGGUUACUGUGGUAACAGCAUGUGCAGUGAAAUAACCUUAAUGCUGCAUUGACACUAUGAGUGACAGCAUCAGGCUACAAGUCAUUUUCAGUGGAGCUGGUUACAUGAAGCUACAAACUGAUGCCUGACACUUGUCGCUGUGGACGCCUAUAACACACCCAAUGUGCUACAAAUUAACUGAACUGGUCUUAACUUGUUUCAGCCAAUUUAUUCAACCUUUAUUUAACCAGGAAUAGUCUUAAUGAGAUUCAAAAUCUCUGUUUCAAGGGAAUUAUGACCAAGACAGCAGCAUGAAGAAUUUCACAUAAAAGACCAAAAACACAACAGCAAAAAGUUUAAACCAGUGGUUCCCAGCUGGUCCAGCCAUGAGGUCCAGAUUUCUCCUUAGCUAUUCGUUUAAGGUGCACACUGUGUAAUACAUUCGGCGUCACGCUUGUGAUUGGCCAUGUUGUCGAGCUAGUUUGCUGUCUGUUAUUCACUCACUCUACAGCAGGAAACAGUACUUCAAAAUAAAAGGUCUGUGCUGGAAAUUUGGUUUAAACAACCAGCAUAAAAAUUCAUAAAUAAAAACAACCAACAGACUUAAAACAGAUGCAAUUUACAACAGCCAGUUGAAUGAGCAGUACCCGGACAGAUGCAUUCAGUGGUCAAAAGGUUGUCAAGCCUGUUUUUAAAAUCUCUCCUGCUAGAAUCUAGUUUAAGGUGACUCCAAGAUGAGGGAGCCAAAACUUCAAAAGCACUUUCACCAAAGAUGGUGUGGGUUCGGGGAAUGAUAUAUCGUAAAACGUCAAUUAGUAGCCCAAACUAUUAUUUGCUUAAAUCACUGAAAUCAACAGGCUUAUAUAUGGGACAGGCCUUUAAUCCCUUUUCAACAAAACUUUUGCUCAAUUAAAACGGGAAACACUGUCAAUUUUUUUAUUUAAACCAGUAUAAAUAUCACUUGUCUAAGAAUUCAGCUUUGAAUAACAUAUCAAAUAUGAAUCAUUCAUUUAAUCUAGCUCCAACAAACAACACAUCAGAGAAGGAGAUUUACGGCACCCAGCAUACCGACACCACACCACUUCAUCCUGUUAAAACAAUAUUCAUAACUUUCAUUUUUAUGAAAAACAUAUUCUUUGAUCCAUGGAUCUUUAUGGACGAAAGGAAUAUGAAUUACUAACAGGGUAAUUGAGGAAUGGACACAAAUUCUGACUUUAUGACGGCUUCAGAGAAAAGGAGUCGCUUGUUCUUUCGUCAUGGCGGUGAAUCUCAAUGAAUCACUGUCUUCUCUGGUGCUCAUGACUUCAGUAAAAUGAACUGAAUGAUUGUGUUGUGGAGAAUCUAAUCAAGCUAACAUUGUGUAGCAUCUCCAUACAAACAACAAAAGUUUAUAGAUUUAUAAUUGUACGUGCGAUUUUUAACAGCUAACUAAUGUUAGCUCCAGUGGGUAGCCAACAACCUGUUUUUUUACAUGCAGAGAAAAAUGAACUGCUUGGUAAUCAUACCAGGCCUCUAAUUGAGACAGACAUUUAUUUGUCAAAAUGUGUAGCCACACUGGGCUUGUAAAAAGGACUGGGUGUUUAAUCAGGACUAGGCAUUUUAUUGAAGUUUUACUGUACAUGAGUUGUCCAUGUGACUAAAGGUAGAAGCUACUGAAAAAAACAUAAAUAAGGAAGCAGAUCAUGUAAUACAGAUUUAUAGAGAAAGGUUUACCAGUGUCCCAUUCUACAGUUGUAUGGAGAAGACAAACCAUCUUUCUCGUACAAACUGCAAUGAUGUAUAUGUGUAUCAAUCAGUGACAAAUCGCAGCGUAUGGUCCACGGAAUCUACCGUUUACAGGCAAGAUGUAUUUGCAUGCAUAUAUCAAAUGGCACUAUGAUCAAUUAGUUGACCAAUCAUGUUUUUGUUUCUAGCUGGGGUUCUGUGUUAUUUAGCCGAGUUAGCUGAGGCUAUGUUAGCUUUACUGUAUGUGCGUUGCGAUGCACGCAGUGAUGUAAUGGAGCGGCAAAAUGUGUCAAAAUGAGGCUCAGAAAUUGAUCAAAAACUUAGAUAUUUAACUGACCACAAACAAACUUUAGAUGACAUUUAGUCAAGGUGCUUUAUGGCAAGCAACAGACACACACAAGCCUGCGAUGACAUAACUACGUUAAUGAGCUUCUGAGAAACACUUCAGCAGCGACUUGGUGGUAAUGAAGCAGGUCAGGCUGUUGCGUUGUCGCCUGUAGUGUGAACACAGCAUAAUACUCUCUGGGCAGCUACUGUGUCAGAAAUACAACACAAGGGCAGCUGUUGUGUCUGUUUACAGUGCAACAUGACAAAAUGACAUUACUUUAACAAAGAAAGCUACAAAUCUGCUGUUAAAAAAAGUUGAAAAUGGCCGAUGCGUUGUAUUAGAGAUACAUUAUUAAUAACACAAAAACAUAGCAUUAACUGCUUGACAGUAAAGCCAGGAGUGAACAGUAAACAGUGAGGCUGUUAUCAAUGAGAUAAAAUAA